CUGACGGCGCGUCUUCUUUAAGACACUCACACUUCACACGCAGGAGAGUUAAACACCAUUCCAUCUGACCGUAUGGGACACACCUGCCGAGCCCUGAGGAUCAUGGGAAGGUGGAAGAAUCUUUAGAUUGAGGAGAGAAGUUCAGACUCAGACGAGCAUGAGGAGGUUUUUCAGAGCUCACCGGGACGAGGACUACAGUCAGAUCCAGUAUCUGACGGCCAAGUGCACCCGGCUGGCUCAUGAUAAAGCUGUGCUCGACAGGGAGUUCCUGGUGUCCAGAGACCGGGAGAGGAAGCUGCAGCAUGAUCUGGAGGCCGUGACCGCCCGACUCCAUCACCAGGAGCAGCUGAACAUGGAGCUCAGGAUGAAGCAGGACGAGCUCAUCAGCAGGAUCCACCAGCAACAGGAGCUGGUGGAGCUGCUGCAGCAGCGUGUGGUCCUCCUGGUGGAGGAGAGUGCCCGGGACGGGGAGCUGCUGCGGCAGGUCAGCACAGAGCUGCUAUGUCUGCAGAGCUCCGAGGAGAAGCUGGAGGGCCUCGUGCAGGAGCUGCAUGCUGAGGCCCAUCACAGAGCUGUGGUGGCAGAGAGGCUUCAGGCAGAGCUGCACGAUGAAGUCCAGUGCAGAGCGGAGCUGACAAAGAGGCUGCAUGCAGAGCUCCACAGUAAGACGGCUGAGCUGCAGAAGCUGAGAGACAAAAACAAAAUGUUGACAGAGGAGCUGAAGGAGAUACGCAGUGCUCAUCAGAAGGAGGUGAGGGAGCUGCAGCAGGAGAACGAGGGGAGCCUGGGGAAACUUCAGGAGACAGCGGAGCAGUUUGAGUGGCUGUGUCAACAGCAACGCUCCUGGAUGUGUUGCGUCAAGAGAUUCAAACACUGCCUGGUGGAGGAAAGAGAAGCUCUGCUGCGACAGGUCAGCACGCUGGAGAAGGAGGCUGAGAAACUGAAGAAGAGGCUGAACAAUGACAGUCCUUCACAGGGCGUCCUCUGUCCUCUGCAGGAGACCAACUGCUGUGACAGAAUAACAUCGUGGGAUGCAGAUGCCGAGGUUGACCUCAAGUCUCAGGUGGAGAAGUCGAACACGCUGUAUGAGGCGCUCUUUAACGAGGCAGGGAGCCCUAUCAUCAGAUACCAAAAACCUCCUUGAGGACAGAAACCUGGAGCCAGGACUCAUCUACUUUUUCUCUUCCCACCUUCUGCAAACCAGAAGAUAACUAGAUGUUUGUGUGUGUGGUUAGCUUCCAAUCUUUGUCUAAAAAAAACCCCACAAAAACUUGGAAAAACAUACCUGUGAAAGCCACACAUUCAAUGUUUUUUUUUCACUGUUGUUUGUAUGAAAAGAAUCUGCUUUCAUGAUAUUCGACUGAAUUAAACUCUAUACAGUU